UAAUGCUCCAACAGUGUAUUUCUGCUACUUUCACCUUCAAAAUCCUCAAAACUCCUAAAAAAAAUCUAUCUUUUUCCUCAAAAUAAACAACAAAAAUGGUAAUAGCAUCAGCUAUUACAUCUCCUAUUAGCUUCUCUGUCUCUUCUCAAUCUUCCAUUUCCUUAUCAUCUUACAGACACCCAUCAAAGUUUAUAGUUUCCUCGUUGAAUAGUUCCUCCAGUGAUUCUUUGUUAAGUGGACUAUCAAGUAAAACUGGUGGGUUUCCUCUAAGGUUUGACGAGAAGGAUUUUCGAAAUGCUAACCAAAGUUAUAUUACCAUUGAAGCCAAAAAGGGAAAUCCUCCAAUUAUGCCUGCAGUGAUGACUCCAGGAGGACCUUUGGAUCUUCAAUCUGUACUAUUUAGAAAUCGGAUAAUCUUUAUUGGGAAACCAAUAAAUUCAGAGGUGGCUCAGCGCGUUAUAACACAACUUGUGACUCUAGCAGCUGUUGAUGAGAAGUCCGAUAUUCUGAUAUACCUGAACUGCCCUGGUGGAAGCACUUACUCUGUGUUGGCGAUUUAUGAUUGCAUGUCCUCGAUAAAGCCGAAAGUUGGCACCGUAUGUUUUGGAGUAGCUGCAAGUCAAGGAGCACUACUUCUUGCUGGUGGCGAAAAGGGAAUGCGAUAUGCAAUGCCUAAUGCACGUAUUAUGAUACAUCAACCACAGGGUGGAUGUGGGGGUCAUGUGGAGGAUGUGAGACGCCAAGUAAAUGAAGCAGUUCAAUCUCGCCAUAAAAUUGAUAAAAUGUACACUGCGUUUACUGGCCAACCUCUUGAAAAAGUGCAGCAGUAUACUGAGAGGGAUCGUUUCUUAUCAACAUCAGAGGCUAUGGAGUUUGGACUUAUCGACGGAAUCUUGGAAACGGAAUACUGAGUUCAUUGAUGCAAGGUCAUUGGACAUUGAUGGAAGUUUUGAUUCUGAAAUUGGAGUGCACUUGUGUUGAUUGCCAUUUAUAAUCAUUGGUUUUCUCAUACUACUAUUCUGAAGAAGAAAUGUAUACCCUUUCUAAUUGUUUAGACAUUAAGCUGUAGAGUUGAGCUA